UGUCCUCUUAAGUCCCUUAUAGUCUUACAAUUCUAUGAUGCUAUUUUUUUCCUCUUACAGAGUCACCAAAAGAACCAGAAAGCAACACACUAUAAACUCAACCAGGCUUGUAAACAAGAGUGGAUUACCAAGAUCCUGACAUCUGCCCUGAUUUCUGCUCUGUGACCUUGAGCAAAAGAUGUGUGAGAUCAGUAAAGACACAACAAAGAACUUAACAGAGGUUCACUCAAUCCCGCUAGGUCUGAGCCUGGGCAGCAUCUCACUGAUCACAGUCAUCAUGAAUAUUUUGGUCCUAUAUGCAGUGAAAACAGAAAGAAAGCUGCAUACAGUUGGGAACCUGUACAUUGUCAGCCUAUCAGUCGCAGACUUUAUAGUUGGUGCAGCUGUUAUGCCGCUGAACAUUAUGUACCUACUGAAUGUCAGAUGGGUACUGGGCAGACCAGCCUGUCUGUUCUGGCUCUCAAUGGAUUAUGUAGCCUCCACAGCCUCCAUCUUCAGCCUUUUUAUAUUGUGCAUAGAUCGUUACCGUUCAGUUCAGGAGCCACUCAAGUAUCUCAAGUACCGGACCAAAACUCGAGCAUUGGUAAUGAUUUCUGGAGCUUGGCUGGUUUCUUUUCUGUGGAUCAUCCCAAUUCUAGGCUGGCAUGCUUUUGCCAAUGAUGGGAGAUGGCAAGUGGAAGAAUGGAUCUGUGAAACAGAGUUCUCAAAAGUCACCUGGUUUAAAGUGUUGACGGCCAUUGUCAACUUCUAUAUCCCAUCUUUACUGAUGUUAUGGUUCUAUGCAAAAAUAUACAAGGCUGUCCGGAAACACUAUCAGCACCGAGAGCUCAUCAAUGGAUCAUUUCGGUCUUUCUCAGAAAACAAAAGUAUACAUCAUGAUAAGGUGCAGGAAAAGCAAAACAUUUUCAACAAAAAGCCAAAUAAAGGUAUAAACACAGGUCUUUUGAAAGGAAGCUCUGUAGACCCUUGCUGCAAUGUAAAUCUCUACUUCCCUCAGCCCAAAAGUAUGGGGGCGAAGCUUCAACUCAGCAGCUUUGACAAACCCCCAAAGGCUCGCAUUACAGAAGGUGACAGCAAGGUAGUAAAACUGAGCUGUUUUCCCCUUGCCAUUGCCCAGACUCAGCCAGGACCAGAUAAAGUGGGACUGAAGUAUGUGUCUGUCAAGAAGGGUCCUUGCUCACAGGCUUCAGAGUUAAGUGAUACAUCAGAUGAGCACACUUUCAUGGAGGGGGCCUCCUGUAAAAAUGACUCUGAUCCCACCCCGAUCCCAGCAACUUCUAGGGCUGAGGAAAAGACUAACAAAGACUUUGCAGGCCUCAGUUACCUGAAGAGCACCUGGCUGAGACUGCGCACCCAGUCCAUGCAAGGGGUGCAUGUGAACAGGGAGAGGAAAGCAGCCAAGCAGCUGGGUUUCAUAAUGGCAGCAUUUAUGCUGUGCUGGAUUCCCUAUUUUGUGCUAUUUAUGGUAAUAGCCUAUUGUCAAAGUUGUUGCAACCACAGUUUCCAUAUGUUCACUAUUUGGCUUGGUUAUGUGAACUCCACUUUAAAUCCAUUCAUCUAUCCCCUCUGUAAUGAGAACUUCAAGAACACGUUCAAAAAGAUCCUUCAUAUUCACUCAUAAUACCACAUCAGGCUAUUUAUAUUUGGGGUGGGAAAAAAAGUGAGUCCAUGAUUUUUCAAAGAAAAACAAAUUUCCAGUUUCAAAGGAAAUUAUGAAUGAGGUAGAAAGGCUUUAAAAAUGUAAUCUGUAGAACUAUCAAGUGAAAACAGGAAAAAAAUAUUUACAUGACAAAUAAGAGCUUUAAAGUUCAAAGUAUUUAAAGGGGAACUGGCUUUGACCAGGAUUCCUGAAAACUCAGGGCUCAGUCUCAGGACUGCUAUGCUAAUGUACAUAUUUUACAGUGAGUAAGACUUCCUCUUUCCAUUAUGUGGAACAUAAAUGGAGAGAGAGACAGAAAUCUUCAGUGGUUAUGAGCUAAUUAGAUAUGGAAAGAAAAAAAAGACUUCAGUUUGUAUGUUCACUCUAAUGUCUUCUCAAAAAGAAAAAGAGUACUUGUGGCACCGUAGAGACUAACAAAUUGAAGUGAUCUGUAGCUCAUGAAAGUUUAUGCUCAAAUAAAUUUGUUAGUCUCUGAGGUGCCACAAGUACUCCUUUUCUUUUUGCGAAUACAGACUAACACGGCUGCUACUCUGAAACCUGUCUAAUGUCGUCUGUAACUUACUUUUUUUUUUUUUAAGUUAACCUGGGAACAUGCUGCUUGUUAAAGGCACUGAUCUCCUACAAGACAUGGUAUUUCGUGUAGUCAAAGUAUGACCCUUGACCUGUUUGAAAAUGUACCCUAUUUAUUUAUAAAUUCUCCCAGAAUCAUGCACUUUUAGAGAUACCAAGUUGCAUUGUUAUGUACUAUAGAAACCUUUGAUAUUGUGUUUGUGUUGAUUUCCAGCAGCAUUGUUCAUUUUAUUAGAAAAGAUAUCAAUAUUUUUUCUAUAUGCUAAAUAUUUUACCAUAUUUAUAAAGACUUCUCUUCUAGCAAAGGUAACUAUAGUAUGGUGGGUUUGAGAAUACAAUUGUUUCUAAACUUGCACUGUAAAGUAGAUGGAGGAUAAUAUACUUUUUCUCCUUCCUACAACUAGGACAUAGCCCUAGCAAGUUCCCCUAAAGCUGGUACAAAUAUGCUGCACUACAUUAGGUGAACUCUUCACACAAAGCUGCAAACAGCAACUGAUCUUUUCAAGGCAGGAAAGUGAAUAAUUAGAGUACAUUUUCCUUUCCCGUCAUUUAAGUUUAAUUGCAUUUUACAAGCCACACUGUAAUGGCUAGUACACAUUUCCUGAACUAAGCUAUGAAUGGAACACUUGUGCCAAGAAAAUGAACAGCUUGAUUUGGAAGGACUGGAGAGGCUUGCAGUCAGAGGUGACAUUAGCAAUCUGACACUUGCCUAUGCAUUGGCAGAUUCCUUUGCCCCCUAUAUCUACAGUGUACCAAUAAUCCCCAGAACCAGACAUACCCUUCCACACAAUAGGAAUGAACUCUGCCCCAGUGAGUGCAUUUAGAUAUAGAUUUCUAAAUAUGUGUUAAUAAAUAUCAGAGAAAGACAAUAAAAUAUAGUUCCUUAAAGCAGUAGUUUUCAACCUGUGGUCCGUGGAGGUCUGCAGAUAGUGUCUAAGAUUUUCAAAGGGUUAUGCACCUCCAUUCAAAAAAUUUUAGGGAUCCACAAAUGAAAAAAGUUUGAGAACCACUGCCUUAGAGAAUGUGUAUGUGGUGGCAUAUGUGAAAGGUCCACUUACAGCUAGGCUUGCAGUAUACCAGAACAAUUACACCAAAACUGGGUCAUACAGAGGGUGGGGAGCAUUUCUGGACACAUUUUAUGUGACUAUCACAUCACACUAUGAUAAAGGUACAUCCUCCCCAAUGGGAAUAUUUGAAAGAAUCUUUGCAAAGAGAAUCUUAUGUAUUGUCCAUCCCUUCAGGGUGGCUAUUUCCACGUGUACUGAGAUGGCUCUUGACCCUCUGCUAUUAUUCUAUCCGCUUCUAUAAGAAAUACAAUGACCAGACUACUUUAACAGGUUGUCAGUGCAGCAGUUGGGAAGGUGCUUCCCAGUACAAGCAGAUAGACACACACUACCUCUGCUCAUGUUAGCGUGCUAAAACUAGCAACGUGGCUGCAACCACACAGGAACUGGCUUGGGCUAGCUGCCCAAGUACAAACUUGCUUAACCCCCUCCGUAUAUACUUGGGCAGCCAGACCAAGUCACUGCAGCCAAAGUGCUAUUUUUAGUGCACUAGCUCGAGCAGAGUUAGUCUACAUCUGUCUAAUGGAGCUGGGACGCAUGCCCGAGCCAAUGUGACAUACUGGAAAGGUGGGUGUGUGGAGAUUAAAUAUUUAUGCAUACCCUGCAGUCAGGAAGAUGAAUGGCCUCAUUUUCAGAGCUAUCUCCAAAAUUCAGUGUAAAGUUUAAAAAGUAACUGUCCUCCCCACUACUAACCUGGUACGUUUGCCUGCCACAGAGAGCAGUUACUGUUUCCUGAUUGACAAACAGGAGGCAGGUGCAUUUGAUAGUGCUCAAUUAGCCUAUGUUACAGUACAAGGGGAAGAUUGUAGCUUAAUGGUUAGAGGGUAGCUGGGAGUAAGAACUCCUGGGUUGUAUUUCCUGCAUGUCCACAGGCUUGCUAAAUGACUUUGCACAACUCAGGACCUCUGUGCCUCACUCUCUUCAUCUGCAAAAUGAGUGUUAAGAUUUACCUAGCUCACAGGGGUAAUGUGUGACUUAAGUAAUGAGUGCAGAGUGUUUUGAAAUCCUGAGAUGAAAGGUGCAAUGUAAAUGCACAGUAUUAUCAUCCUCCUUCAGUUAUCUUAUCUGCCUUAAGAUCCUUAACACUAUCAGAUGUAUUUAAAGACCUCAGUAUUAAAUGAAGAACCAUUAAAUAUGCACUUUUCUAAAUGGCUGACUUGAGGUCCAGAAAACCACACCUUCCAAUGAAAGACAAGAUAAUAGAUUGAACUUAUCAAAGAGGAGUAUAAGAGGUGACUUGAUUGUGCUCUCUAAAUAUCUACACAGAGAGAAGAUAUCUGAUAUCAGGGAGCACCGUAAUCUAGCAAAGGCUUAACAAGAUAUACAGACAGAAGUUGAAGGCAAAAAAAUUCAAUUUGGAAAUGACAACUUUUUAACAGUGAAAACAACUUUUUAACCAUUGGAACAGCUUACUGGAGCACAUAGUAAAUUCACCACCACUUGGAGCCUUUCAAUUGAUACUGGAUGUCUCUCUAGGACAU